UCCACGUGAACGCAGAGGCUGAUGACAGUGCGGAAGUGUCAUGGCGCCGCCCAUCACGCAGUGUCAGAAACAGCACUAGCGCAAAACAACUUGUAAUGACUCUUCUUUUGCACUUUUGGAGUCGGUAUUCAGUUAGGAAAUCCGGGGAAUCAUAACUUUAGGAUGGCAGACUCAGGUGACCCCAGUGGUCAACGUGUACCGACCCCUGGAGGGAGCGGCAGAGGACUCCUGAUGGGCCGCCGACCUUCAGCCGCCAUUUCUCCUGCACGUCUCCCCUCGAUGCGAUCUAGAGACCUCACCCUGGGAGGCGUGAAGAAGAAAACUUUUACACCCAACAUUAUCGGCCGCAAAGCCAAAGAGGAAGCAAAAGUUGAGGGCGGGCAGAGGAGAGAGAGGAAGGAUGGAGAUCGAGGUCGAGGUCCCAGAGACAGAGGCAGGGGCCGAGGUCGCCCGGAGGUCAUCCAGUCCCACUCUAUUUUUGAACAGGGGCCUGCAGAGAUGAUGAUGAAAAAGAAAGGUGGCUAUGAAAGUGAGAGAGAUGCUCCAGUCGUGGGACCUUCGCCCAUCAUCAAUAUUAAAAAGGAGAAGCGAGAGACUGAGGAGGAGACCAAAGAGAUUCUGCGCAGUCUGGAGAGAGAUAAUUUUAUAGACGACCCCUUCCUGAGGAGUGAGCAGAAGAGCUGCCCUGUCCAGCUUCCCCUUGCUGUGUCAGGAUGGGGAUUCAAGGAGGAAUUUAGUACCGCUGCUGUUAAAAUUGAAAAGGUGGAGGAAGACGCUGAACCCAUGGAGGCUGCAGUUGAAGUUAAACAGGAGCCAGUGGAAACGGAAAUAAAGAAGUCGGAGGCAAUUUUCAAGCCUCCUGCUCUCCCUGAGCCUGAAGUUCUGUCUGACCUGCUGCAUAGGUGGAGUCUGAGCAAAGGGGACGAGCUGUUCUUCAUGCAGCUGCCCGACUCGCUGCCCGGACAGCCUCCCACCAAAGAGCACCGACCGGUGAAAACAGAAGUGCAGUCAGAGGACGGACAGUCUGUGCUUCUGAAAACAGAGUCUCAGGAGGAGCAAACUGAAGACAACAGCUGCAAUCUGAAAGACCUGCGGGAGGGUCUUGUUGGAAAGAUGCUGGUGAGGAAGUCAGGUCGUGUGCAGCUCAUACUGGGACAAGUGACGCUUGAUGUGUCUCUUGGAACAUCAUGCUCUUUCCUUCAGGAGCUGGUCUCUAUUGGUACAGAAGGAAGAACGGGCGACUUGGCUGUACUGGGGAAUGUCAAACACAAAAUGGUUUGCUCCCCAGACUUUGAGGCUCUGCUGGAAAGCAGCGCUUGACGCUCAUCAGAGCACUGGAGAGGACUGAGCCUUGGGAUGCGCUUGUGUGUUGUGACAUUGGCAGGAGGUUCGCCGUUACUAUGGGACACCUGACAUCCAAUACAAGUUUGAUGGCAGUUGAAUGCUCUUUUGUGUGUUCAGAGUUGCUGUAACAACAUUUUAAUAUGAAUUUAUUUUCGUCUUGUUGGAUAGGGAUCUUAGUUUGGGGUUCAAAGGUUGAACGGUGUGCCAAAUUUCAGUACUGUUUAGCUGACUUGACAAGACUGUACAUGGAUGUAAAUGUGUGAAUAAAAAAAACCUUUUUGUUAUUCCA